UAACUUCCGGGAUACAUUUUUACGUUCCCGCCAUCAUCGGGCUUCGUUGCUGCUGCUGCGUUCUGCGAGUCCUCGCCUCUGUCAACAAGAGCCGGUGGUGAAUGCCGGCGAAACAAACUUUGGGCUUGCGAAAAACGACAUUUGGAUACUGUACGUUUCACGGUGGGCGUAGACCAACAGCUGCUUUCCAUUGAUCCACAACAUCCGAAGAGAUCGUUAAGCAAUGGCCACCCGCGUGCCUAAAGUCUCCAGUGGUGGCGUUGUAAAGAUCCGCUACCAGAGCUUAGAAAUCGGCACUUCGCGAUGGAAGGAAGGAACUUUUGAGAUACUGGAAAAGGAUAACAAGAUAAGCCUGUGUUUGAGAUUCAGCUGCGGCGGGGUGACUAAAACAUUCCAGCUGUAUCAGAACGUGAAGAAAGUCACAUUCAACUGUAACAGAAUCAACCUGAUUUUGAAAGACAACAGCAGCAUUAUGCUUGACAAGAUGGCACCCACUUUGGCCCAGAAGACUCGAGACUAUUUGGAGAAGCUCAAGCAAGGAAAACCAAGUGUUUUAAAGUCGUCCCAUGGAAGUGUUAACUUCAGCUUACCGACCCGCCGCUCGGUGAAAAACGACAACCACCCAUCUGGGGAAGGACAGAUGUUAACAAGGCGGCAGAGUAUGGAGGGACAGGACGACUCGACGCCGCGGAAACCCCUGCGCAGCCCGAGCAGAGCAGCCUCCACGCCGACUAGAAGCGGACUUUCUGAGAACCGUGAAAAGAGAAAGCGACUCCUCACCCCUGAAAGUGACUUGACAGAAGACUACCCCAAAGAAAAUGAUUCGUCUAGCAACAACAAAGCCACUUUGGACCCAUCUCGGAAGUUUUUAAUGAGUUGCAAAGAUAAGCUAAAGCAGGCAGAGGACAACCGGAGUUUAGCUCCUCUCAGUUCGCCGACCCCCCUCGGGCCAUCUUCAUUCUACGGCAGUCGAUCUGUGACCAAGGAUUAUAGUCAGACCCACUCUUUUUCAGAAAGGCCUUCGAGUGCAUCCCUUACCCCUACAGCCAAGCGCAGUCUCCUGCUGCCAAAUCACUCCACUCCUUUCAAAAAAGUACGACCCUCUGUGGAUUAUGGCGGUUGGAACAAGCAGCGACCUUCCACGCCAGCCCAGUCGCAGCCACCACUGCAAGGAUUUUCAAAUUUGGGCAACACUUGCUACAUGAACGCCAUUCUCCAGUCGCUCUUCAGCCUCCCGUCUUUCUCCAAUGACAUGCUGAAGCAGAGCAUCCCUUGGAAGAAGGUGCCCGUCAAUGCAUUGCUCAGGCGUUUCGCUCAUCUGCUCGCUAAGAAGGACGUGGGCUGCCCUGAAACGCAAAAGGACCUGUUGAGAAAAGUAAAAAGUGCCAUCUCCUCCACCGCCGAGCGUUUCUCUGGAAAUAUGCAAAAUGAUGCUCACGAGUUCCUCAGCCAGUGUCUGGAUCAGCUGAAAGACGACGUGGAGAAAAUAAAUAAAAGCUGCUCAAGUGAAACCUCCGCAUCGUCGUCUUCGUCGGCGACGUGCGAGAGCAGCCACGGGGCCAAGGCGGACCUCGGCGAAGAAGCAGACACCUCUCGCAUCUACACUUGUCCCGUGGCUGUAAACAUGGAGUUCGAGGUGCAGCACACCAUCACCUGCAAAUGUUGUGGAGAAGUGGUGAUGAAGCGUGAGCAGUUCAACGACCUGUCGAUCGACCUUCCUCGCAGAAAGAACACCUUACCGCUGCGAUCCAUCCAGGAUUCCCUCGAUCUCUUUUUCAGGUUAGAAGAAAUUGAAUAUUCGUGUGAAAAAUGUAAUGGGAAAGCAGCUACCGUAACGCACAAAUUCAGCAAACUACCCAGAGUCCUCAUCCUCCACCUAAAACGGUACAGUUUUAAUGCCCACCUGUCUCUGAACAGCAAGCUGGGUCAACAAGUGGUGAUACCCCGCUACCUGACCCUACUGUCACAUUGCACCGACUCCACGCGGCCCCCCGUCACUCUCGGCUGGAGUUCCCAGGCGUCCAGAGCACUCAAAACCUCACAGUCACUCAGCUCAUCCACGGCACAACUCCGGAGAGUUGGAGGGAAGUUUGUCAAUUCUAACAACACAUCUGUGCUAGUGGACUCGGAUGGCGAGGAGGAGCUGAUCAGAAAGGUCAACCACAAAAGACGAAUCAGCACAAGCCUGCCAGAAGAUGACAAACGGCCAGAAGAGCUGGGAGUGGCCGUGGAUGCCGGAGAUUUUAGCGGAAUAAACGAUGAGGAAAUGUUGGAAGCCGUGCUGGAGAUUAGUCGCCAAGAAGCCAGUCUCGCCACUCCCUCUCCCCUGGACGAAGAACCCACGAGCAGCCCGGACACGGGCUUCGGAGACAUGGAUUCUCACGAACUGGCCUAUCACACAGAUUUAAUGGAUGCGGACAGUAAACAGCCUGCCGACGUGUUGGAUUCUUUGGACUUGACAAUGGACGAGAACAAGGAGAACCAAACCCCGGAGAGCUCGCAGGUGCAACAGGAAAUGGAUUGGGUCCAGCAAUACAACUUGGAUCAGGAAAGGGAGGAUCAAGAGUUGCAGCAAGCGCUGGCCCAGAGCCUCAAGGAACAUGAAGCCCAAGAGAUGAGAGAGGAGGAUGAUCUGAAGAGGGCCACAGAGCUCAGCUUGCAAGAGUUCAACAAUUCUUUGCCUGAGCUCAUGUGUUCGGAUGACGAUUCCGGCAACGAAGAGGUUCUGGACAUGGAGUACACGGAAGCGGAGGUCGAGAGCCUAAAGAGGAACGCCGAGUGUGGAGAAUUAGCCAACUCAUUUCGACUCAUCAGUGUUGUCAGCCACAUCGGGAGCAGCUCCUCCUCAGGACAUUACAUCAGCGACGUCUACGACAUGAAGAAGCAAUCGUGGCUGACGUACAACGACCUGGAAGUGUCGCGCACGCAGGAGGCAGCCGUUCAGCGAGAGCGUGACCGUAGCGGAUACAUCUUCUUCUACAUGCACAAGGACGUAUUUGAGCAGCUGUCUGAAAUGGAGAAGGCCCCCAGCAACAGCGUGUCAGAUCUGGCAAGAAACGUCCUGCAGCCCCUAUGAGCUUUGGCGCAUCUCCGGACACAGAACAGCCUGAACGUAACUAGACUGGUGUCUUAAGUACUACUGAUUGCGCUUUUUUUCCCUCCUCCAUUUCAUUAUUUUUAUUUUUUUUUUGCACUUGUUGUCCCUCACCACGUAACAGAAACACAACUAUGUUACAGACCCAGUUAAAAUGUUCGAGGAGCGUAUUUGCCUGUUUUGUUUUUGGGUCUACAUUUGUUCUCGGCUAUGGUUACAUUAAGUAAAUGUAAAGUUUGUGAAUUCAGCAACGGGAGCGUCAUAAUUUCACAAAUGUUCUUCUCUCAAAACCCUCUAUUUGCUUUAUAAAGUUAAAAGUGAUCUAUAUUGAAAGAUAAGCUAUUAUUUAGAGGUUAGAGGGUUGCUGUAGUGAGCAGAUACAGUCGGUGCAAUAUCCUUUUUGGCACAAUUCAAGCUUUGUGUGGCAUUUUUUUGUGCUUUAACCGUGUUCAGUUCCAGCAAAAAAAAAAGUCCUGUCUUGAGUUUUGAUCGUGUGCCUCCUGAGAAAUCUUUUAUAAAAGUAUGUAUAAGCUCUACCCUUGCGCCCCUUCAAUAUUUUUGUCAAACGUUUAAUAAUUUUUUUAUAGUUGGAGUUUUUCUAUUUAUUGAGACUUGGGGUUUAUUGACAAGUAAAAGCGCAGAACAUCAGCGAAGUGAUAUCUGUUGUCAUACCCAAUUAAAGUCAAACCUUUACAUCCAUCUCAUUUAUUCUGUUUGGCACCCUCCUGGAAUUGGCAGCAUUGUUUUCCCAUUAGGGGUGGGAACGUCUGGGCACCUUACGAUUUGAUUUGUGGUACCGAUUAUCGGUACAUGUUUCAGGAAAUAAUUUUUACUAUAUUCUACAAUACAACUAAUAAACAGAAAAAGAAGUUAUUUUCAUCCUUUUGCUGUGAAUUGGAAUGAGUUUAUCACGAGUAGACGUCCGAUCCGUUUGAAGUGGAAUAGUGGCAGUGAAUGAACAUUGUUCAUUCGCUGCCAACUUUCCACUUCAAACGGAUAGGACGUCUAUUGCUGUCAGUGGUAUCCAAUGAGUUAAUUUUGAGGCAGUUAAUUUUCUGUCACUUCCAGUUGAUUUGGAGGCAUUUAUGGGUCACUUACUGUGAUUUGGUGGCAUUUAUGGGUUACUUCCUGCUAAUUUUUAGUUUCUGAACCGGAAGUGAUCCUGGUAUGUCCCCAAAUGAAUAGGCAGUGACGCAAAAUUAACUGGAAGUGACCUGUAAAUGCCCUCAAAAGAACAGUAAGUGACCUGUAAAUGCCCCUAAAACUGGGAAGACUAGAUGUGAAUGCUCGUUUCUGUCCCAUUGAUGGCACUAGAUGUCCUAAUCAUUUUGACUGUCCAACGUCUACAGCCGUCAGUGGCAGACAAGGAAGUGACCCAAAAAUACCCCAAAACCAAUAUGAAGUGAGACCAAAUCAACAGGAAUUAACAGGAAGCAGCCCGGAAUGGCAUACGGCAAGCAACACGUUACUUUUGCUCAUUAAUAUUCAUGACGUUAGUGAUUGUGGCUAGGCGGGUCAACCUGCCGUUUGCCCCCAAUAGUAAAUAAAUGGAAAUGGUGUACGAACAAAAUGUUCACUGAGGUAAACCUACCAAUUCUGUCCGAAAAUGAUGUCCCUGGUGCCAAAUUCACUGGUAAAGAUGUGGAAGAACUUACAAAUGUUAGUUAAAGAGAUGGCUUGAGUGUCGAGGGCUGAAAAAGAGCAGAGCCGACCUCCUCCACCCUCUUGUAUGCAUUGCCUUACGCUACUGACAAUGACAUUCUCCUGUUACAAAAAUCUAUCCUUUCCCACCAUAUGCCCUGUCUUUCUUAUAUAUUAUAUCCUCUGGUUGUCUUACGUCUGACCGUUCAUUGCUAUUUUUGUGUAGCGAUCGCAAAUGGUAGUCAGUGACAGCCAAUGAACACUUAUAAUUAUUUCAUUAGUAACAAAUCUUAAUUCUAUAUUUACACUUUCCCCUUACUAAAGUUUUUACAACAAAAAAGGUAACAACAGUGGCAGUCGGAUACCAUUUAAAUUUUUUUCAGGUCAUUCAUUGUCAGACAGAAGCAGCACGGCCAAACCUCACGCUAUGAAAUAAGUAAAAAUAUCAAAAUGUCUUACCUCUUUGUCCUUUGUAGGACAAUGGCCCCCAACUAAAUGUUUACUGCAUAUAAGGCUGAAUGGCUUCACCUUGUUGGUGUUAAACUUGUCUUUUGGACGUCCGCACAAGUCGAUCCAUUGUUCACAUUUUUGCCUCUUAGGUUUUGGCUUCAGGAAACAUAUGAUGAAAACAUCCUUCAUAUGUCGUAAUGUCUAGAGUCUUUUCAACAUGUUCCAUAGCAGCAGUGUUUACUCGGCAUGUUCUUUUUUGAAAGAUUACAAGCAGUAAUAACAUGGGUUGUAUGCCAGGGCGCUUCUAUGUUGACCCCUUUUCCGGUUUCGAUGGUGACGUCAUUCAGCCUUGCGGUCUAAAAAUAGCAUUCGUGUGGUACGCUAUUGGAGAUAUAGCACAGUCAAUGGCUGCCAGUAAGCUAACAUCGACACUAUUGUCCCGGAAGAUUUUGGGAGCAACCUGUUGGUUCCUCCCCUUUUUUAAAUAUAUUUAUUUGGUUUUAAAGUGCCACUUUUUAAAAACAAUACACCGAUUCUUGGCAGGAGCAUAUUGAUAACCUUUCAGGAUACAAAUUACAAAGUAACGCAACAUAUCACUUUUUCAAUAAAUUGUCACACCCCUCUUUUCCAUUCUUGCUUACAUGCUCAUCCCGAUCGAAAUUCUUACAGCAGACUUUAGGAAUAAAACAUGACAAUGUAUACGGGUUUGUUUUUUUUUAAGUGUUUAAUUGGUCAUAAGUUGGUGUCACGUGUCCUGAUGGCAUGGCUUCAUCAUUGGAAGCAAAUGUUGGCCUGUCAGUCUGGUGUACUCCCUUAGAAUGUAGCUUUCUUUCUGCAGCAUCUAGAGGCACAACAACUCAAAAUGACAAUAGCAGACAACAUGGUGGAAAGUUUAGGAAGUA